AUGUACUCACCCGGGCUGGGUCUGCAGUACGCGCUGGGACCGCUAGAGGGACGCGCGGAACUUGUCGGGGAAGCAUCGUUGAAGAUCCGGGAGACAAAACUGUCGGAUGAAGGGGCAUACUACGUCUCCGUCAUUCUGGACGAACUAGGAGAGGAAAGAAAAUACGUUAAUUUGAAUGUCUUAGUUCAACCCAAAGUCAGCGUAGGUCCCGCAAACCCGUACGUGGUGGAAUGGUCGAAAAACGUCACACUGUCGUGCACCACAAAGGACGCAAAACCGCCCAUCAAGGCUCUCUUCUGGGAGAAAGAUGGUGUUCGGAUACAGACAGGAGAAGGCGGGAAGUAUACCAAAGGAAACAUGAAGGCGCCAUUCCUUAUCAUCCGAAAUGUGUCCAAGAACGAGGCUGGCAGAUACGCAUGCGUCGUUGAUCACGUGACCGGGAUGCAUCGAGCAGAACUGAUGCUCAAAGUCAUCUAUCCUGCAGUCAUAACCAACAUCACCAAAUCUGUCACGGGGGACAGAAUCAGCCUGCACUGCUUUGCAGACGGUAAUCCUAAACCAGAAAUCACGUGGACCAAGGCCAAGAGUUAUGUACCCUUGGACUCCCGCCAUUUUCCUGACGACGGCAUGGCCACUCAUGUACUCGUCAACGUCAUGGCCAAUGACAGCGGCGUUUACAUAUGUACGGCAAGAAACGGUUACGGCGUUGGGGAGUCGAGAUCACUCAGAAUUGUGGUUGCAGAUGAGGUGCAGAAGCCGUGGAAGCAUUCCCCGCACGUCGCCAUUAUUGCGGGCGUGGCGGCGGCGGUGGCGUGGGUCAUCGUGUGCACGGUGCUGGUGACCUGUAUCGUACACCGCAAGAGAAAACGAAACACGGCUGCCGUGCCACGAUACGCCCUACAACUCUCCUAUCUGGAGGGGAAACGGAAAGGAGCGAGCGAACACGAACGGAGGUACGCCCGAGUUCUCUACGACUAUGACCCGAAGGAUGACGACGAGCUCCGAUUACGGUCGAACGACAUCAUCGACAUCAUUCGUGGUGACAACGAGGGCUGGUGGUUCGGCUAUCUGAACGGACGAUGCGGACUGUUCCCUUCAAAUUACGUAGAAGUCAUCACAGUGACAGAAAGAGAAGCUCUUCGGCUAGGAGUCCCAGACAUCGCGAUCAGCGGAUGUAACGAAGAAGUCAGAGCUUCCAUACGAGAUAAGGCUAAUAAGGAGUAUUACCGCAGCCUACCACGCCGUCCGAAAGAGAGACCACAGAAACCGGUUUGUCCAGCCCACCCCAAUAGGAGUAGAGGCGCACCUCGACAUUCAGGCCACUCAAAGUGUUGAUGAACAGAACAUGCUUAACGACAUAUCAUCCUCUAUUUGUCAGCGUCGCCAUGAACUUUUCUUUAUUUUUCCGUUGAGAAACAUAGUCUUCUACUGAUCAUGCAAAACAGUUAACUCGCUCACGGAAGAGUAAGGGAACCAAUGAUUACUGACUGUUGACAGGAAGUGCUUCAGAUCUUCAAGCAACAGAAGACUUUCUAGUUUGCAUUCUUCGCAAUAGCCAUCUUCUAGCCAAUCUGCAAAAACAAGACGCUGAUACAGCGCCCUCAUGCGCAUUCAGUGUCUAGCUGGCCGAUAAGCAGGCUUCAAUGUCGAUGAUAGGAUCUUCGCUGUUGUGAGUUUAUCAUACAGACGGCUAAAGCCGACCAAACUGAACUGGAACAUUCGUCACGUAGAUUUUAGCUGCCGAGUUACAGCCACAGAAAACGUUCUUGGAAUUUCAAGCAUGUGCGUCUGCGCUGAGCACUCUCGUUUUAAAUCACGUCGAUUCAAUGACUUGGACUGAACUGUCUGGAAGAAGUACUUUCUCUCAGCUUGAGACGUUUCGAAACUGCCACGCUUGCCAGAACUUCAAUUACAGAAGACUUCAAGUGUCAGAAUACUUGGAACAGAACGCCAGAGGAGAAAGCUAUGCUGAUGGCUCUUCGACCGAACUUACAGUUUGCUGUACUCGCUGGUUUUGUUGAUGAAUGGCUACAGCUAUGAGAACUGCCUCGUGGACCGAUCCAUAGGAACCACAGCUGAGUGCCACGGCACUGCACGGUGCAGACUGUACAUCAAUGAUACCACCGGCAGCGUGAUACCACCUCCAACAGCUGAACAAAGAUGUCGACAUCCGUCAUUCUGGAUGAUAUCAACAAGCUUCAGCCUUUGUCCUUUUGGGAGGUGACGCCGAGGACGUCUGACAACUCGAAAAAAAUGUCAGCUCUAAAUGUUACACGGAAAACAGAGACCCCGUAAACGCUGAUAUUUCGCUGUCGUACACGGUUGAGCUGUUCCAAGGCUACUGGUGGUCUGAAGAAUAGGACGGUGAAGGUCAUUCGACUUACUUAUGCUGCUGCGACUUCUGCAGGAAUGAAUAUGUAUUCUCGACAACUUUGCAAUCCAAGAUACUUAUAAAGUAAGCUUAACACAGAUAUGCAUUGUUGUUUAUGCGUAGCAAGCAUGAAAAUCUUUUGCAUAGGAAACACGCUGGACGUUGUGAAAUGUAUAACGUCGUAUCAUUCCAUUGUAUGUAACCUUAUUCUAUUUUUGGCGAGCACUGUGAAACUUUGUAUUUUUCAGUUAAAGUGUGAUUGACAAUCUGUGUUUGCAAAUAAAUCUUUGUAUUGUUCA